AUGCAUAAAAGAGUAGCCAUUAUAGGUUGUGGAAACUGGGGUGCAACUGUGGCAAAUCUGAUUGCGAAUGGACUAGAUGAGAGCGUAUUUGGUGAUGAGAUACUCAUGUACACCCAUGAAACAAUGGUUGAGUACAAAAAUAAGAAAAGAAAAUUGUCUGAACUUAUAAAUCAUGAACACGUCAAUCCAAAAUAUUUACCAGGCAUAGAAGUCAACAAAAGAAUCAGGGCCGUUGUAGAUUUUACUGAUCUAACACAUAUAAGCAUUAUGAUCGUCUGUUUGCCACAUCAAUAUCUCAAUGCACUUAAAAAUAUUGAUUUUAUUAGAAAUGGAAUCAAUAAGGAUGAACUGAUGGUCAUAAACCUAUCAAAAGGCCUCGUUACUGAUGAAAGUGGUCUACCAAUUACACCAUCAGAAUACAUCAGUAGAUUAUUAGGUGUCAAUGUCUCAACAUUACAGGGAGCAAACAUAGCAAAUGAAAUAGCUGAUGGCUGCUACGCUGAAACACUGAUAGGGUAUCAUAAGGAAGAAGAGAGGGAGAUCUACGCCUGGCUAUUUGGUAAAAGGCACUUUCGAGUCUCAUUUGUGAAGUAUAAUCCGACAAUUGAGAUGUUUGGUGCUCUCAAGAAUGUGAUUUCUCUGGCAAUGGGCAUUAUUGAUGGAAUGGCCUAUAAAUCAAAGAUAAAGAUCAAAGUGUCCUCAAAUACAAAGGCAAUGAUUUUUAGAAAGGGAUUGGUUGAAAUUAUGGAAAUAGCGAAACUGAUGAAAUACGAUAAUGUGAAGAGAUUGGUCUUUGAAUCCUGUGGCGUGGCUGAUUUAUUCGUGAGCUGUUUGGCUGGUAGAAACUACAAAUGUGGGCAGUUGGUGACAGACUAUUCAGGCAGUAACAUUUUAAACGAAUUGGAAUCCAAUUUCAAUGGACAGAAAAUACAGGGAUUAGGCACAGUUGAACACAUUCACGACUACUUGAAGCACCUGAACAAAAUCAACGAAUUUGAACUGGUGAAAAUGGUAUAUGAAGUAUUCCAUGUAACUGGAAAUGUUGAACCAGUCUACAAAUACCUUGAGAAGUAA